GCUGCACAACGAGAACACUAAAAAAAGUGUUGACACGUUGACAGAACAAUUGGUUCGUGUCUUACGAAAAAUUAAAUACAAUUACUUUGUCAUUGGUAUAUUUAGCCAACAAUCAAAAAUCUAGCAAUAAAAAAAAACAUAACGUUGCAAUAACGUAUUAAGCAGUGCAAAGUAGGCAAAAAAGCCGAUACCGAAGAUUCCAGCGAACGACCGGCAAACUUAACUCUCAAGACAGCUGUUGCGUGGCAGCAAAUCCUUUAUUUAGUCAUUAGCCAGCUGCAUACCAAAUAGAAGAAGAUCGUAAGAUGCGGGACGAGCAGCUGAACAACCAAAGGAACGACAUCAACCUAAGCAAAAGCAGAAAUAACAAAAAGUUAACUUCAAUGCUGUGGCUGCCGCUGAUAGCGCUGAUGGCGCUGCUGCAAUGCAGCGCGGCAGUGGAGUUCACGUUCGAUUUGGCGGAUAAUGCCGAGGAUUGUUUCUACGAGGAGAUCAGUCGGAAUACGAGUGCCUAUUUCGAAUUUCAAGUGUCUGCUGGCGGUCAACAGGAUGUGGAUGUGACGCUGAAGGAUCCACAAAAUAAGAUAAUUUAUUCGUUGUCGCGUGCGACCUUCGACAGCCAUCAGUUUACUGCGGAGACAACGGGCGUUUAUACGGCCUGUUUUAGCAAUAAAUUCUCUGCGUUCUCGCACAAAAUCGUCUACGUGGACUUUCAGGUGGGCGAGGAGCCAUCACUACCAGGCGUUGAUGAGCACGCCACGGUGCUCACCCAAAUGGAGACCUCAUCCCAGGCAAUACACAAAGCACUUAACGACAUACUCGACGCCCAGACGCACCAUCGCUUAAGAGAGGCCCAAGGACGUAAACGAGCCGAGGACAUUAAUCAACGUGUCAUGAUCUGGGCAUCCCUGGAAACGGUUACCGUUGUCCUGAUUGGACUCAUCCAAAUCUGGGUGUUGCGCAACUUCUUUACGGAUCGCAAGCCCAGCCAGGCGCGCUAUGGACGUCUGUAAGGCUAUGAAUGGAAGCACUUGGAGCAGCGCAACUAUCUCUACCAUACACACACAAACACACACACAUUUAAACAUAAAUAUAAAUAUAUUAAAUUUUUUUUUUAAAUCUUAAUUUUAUUAAAAUUGUUGUCACGCCAAAAACUCCUCUCACAUGUAUUCCAAAAGCCUGGCUCAGCAAACAAAGUCGACGCCCCCCAUUAAAAAAAGAAU